CGUACGAGUAGUAGACAUCGCUGGGGAAUAUUGUAUACACAUCAGAUGUAGUCUUUGCAAAUAGAUGUCUUUUGACAUUUACCCAAGUUAAUCAUUAAUCGCAAGCACGGUUACCAUGACAUACGAGAAGGGCCGUUCUAAACCGCUGUUGUACAAAGAGCACUCGAUUGCAUUGCCAAUUUCAAUUAAAAUAAGGCCCGAAAACCCACCCACUCGUCUAGAAGCAGUUACAUGUAUAUAUAGCAAGGAAUGCACAACAAAACAAAGAACUAACUAAUAAGUAGCAUAUUGCGACUACAGAAAAUGCAGUAUGCUUACAACAAAAACAGAGAGGAAGUACCCGAACCUAUCAAAGCUGAUGUUCAAGGCUCUCUCCCAGCAUGGUUGCACGGCACCCUCCUACGCAAUGGACCGGGUCUGUUCUCUGUGGGGGAGACCAGCUACAACCACUGGUUCGAUGGAAUGGCCCUGCUGCACAGUUUCACUUUUAAAGAUGGUGAUGUUUACUAUCGGAGUAAAUACCUGCGUGGAGACACCUACAAGUGUAACAUGGAAGCCAACAGAAUAGUGGUGUCUGAAAUGGGAACCAUGGCUUAUCCAGAUCCCUGCAAAAAUAUCUUCUCCAAAGCAUUCACCUAUCUUUCCCACAUUAUCCCAGACUUUACUGAUAACUGUGUAGCCAAUAUUAUUAAAUACGGGGAGGAUUAUUAUGCCACAUCAGAGACUAACUAUAUCCGGAAAAUUGACCCAUACACUCUUGAAACGCAGGAGAAGGUGGACUACAUGAAAUACAUUUCUGUGAAUUUAAUAACCUCCCAUCCACAUUAUGACAAACAGGGGAAUACUUACAACAUGGGAACCUCUAUUGCAGAAAAGGGAAAGACCAGCUAUACUAUCUUCAAGGUCCCUCCAAAAGCAGAUGACAGUGCCAAGAAGAAGCUGUGCUUGAAGAACCUAGAGGUGGUGUGUUCCAUCCCCUGCCGCUCCAUCCUCAGCCCCAGUUACUACCACAGCUUUGGGAUGACUGACAAUUACGUCAUCUUCAUCGAGCAGCCCUUCAAGCUAGACAUACUUAAGAUGGCCACAGCUUACUUCAGAGAGGUCAACUGGGCAAGCUGUCUCAAGUUUGAUGCAGAUGACAAUACAUUAAUCCACCUGAUUGACAGACAGACGCAGAAGCCUGUGCCCACAAAGUUCUACACGGAUGCACUGGUGGUCUACCACCACGUCAACGCCUACGAAGAGGACGGCCACGUUGUGUUUGACAUUAUCGCGUACAAGGACAGCAGUCUGUACGACAUGUUCUACCUGGCUAACCUGCAGGAGCCUCUUCAGAAUAAAAAGCUCUCCUCUAAGCCAAGCUGCAGGAGAUUUGUCCUCCCACUGCAAUCUGAGAAGGAUGCGGCGAUUGGCAAUGACCUGGUGAAAUUGAAGUCCACUACAGCCACUGCAGUGAAGGAGAAGGAGGGCAGCUUGUUCUGCCAUCCUGAAAUACUCUGUGAAGGAGCUGAGCUACCACGCAUUAACUAUGAUUUUAAUGGAAAGAAGCACAGAUAUGUCUACAUAACUGGGGUUGAACUAACACCUGUGCCUACAAUGGUCAUGAAGUUUGAUGUCGACACAAGGCAGAUACUGGAGUGGAAAGAAGACAAUUGCUGGCCAUCAGAACUGGUCUUUGUCCCGUCUCCAAAUGCCAUUGAGGAGGAUGAUGGUGUUGUUUUGUCAGUGGUUGUCUGCCCAGAUCCUAACAAAGCUGCCUUCUUACUGGUCUUGGAUGCCAAGACUUUCAAAGAGAUUGCCCGUGCAUCUGUGGAUGUGGACAUACACAUUGACAUGCAUGGCUACUUCAUCCCCCCAUGCCCACAAGAAUGAGACCCAAACACCCACACAACUAUCUUCUAUUAAAACCAAAGAGCAGAGCUUGAGUUGGUAUGGUCCAGCAAAGGGCUGAAAAUAAGGUGUGCAACUGCACAUAAUGUUGUUGUGUAGACAGGCUUACUCUUACCAAGUAGCACAAUGGAGGGAGAUAUUAUUGUAAUUCUACCACAGUAAAUUUUUUUUAGUUGCCAUAACAAUGAUGACACACAGGUGAUCCAUUGCAGAGCCAUACACCGUAUCAGUACAAGAUCAGAAAUGUUGCCAUUGGUGAUAAUGCUCUGGUCUGUUAUGGUUUCCACUGGGUUAUUUGAGAUUUUAAGAACUUUGAUGUAAAAGUACAGCCGUUUAUUGUUAUAUGUUGAUUCCAUGUAAAGCCAAUUCUUGAAUUUCAAGGGACUGUUUAAAAAUUCCUUUAUCAGGGUACUCUGCCAAAUGCCUUAAAGAGUACUGUACAUUGAUAACAAAUAUUAUGCCCUUAUUAUGUACUGAUAGCUUGCACUGAACUUAUAUGUCUAUAUUGUACAUAAAAUACAUAAAGUAACAGCAGACUGCAGUUAUACUAAAAGAAUACAAAUGUAUUCUAUUGCUGGCUCAGGAUUUUCUUACUAACAAAGAAAGGUGAUCUUGUGACUAUAACAAGUAUGACUGGCAGGAAAAUCUUGUGGCUAGGCAAAAACUAUAUCAGCCUGAAUGGUAGCACAUAUAAGUCCAUCUGCUGAGGAGAAUUUACAGGAUGAUAAUUUGAAGUUUGGGAUCAUAAGACAUAAAAAAAAGCGCUAGAUUUUUUUUUUUUUUUUUUUUUUUUUAAUGAUUAAUAACAUCUAACAAAUUAAAAUUUAAACCAAAGUUUAAGAAUGUGUCCCC